AUGGAGUGGUUCAAGGGCGAAGUCUCGGAUGCAAUUAAAUCCGUGAAAGAAGAGUCCAAAUUGCUACUAGUUUUUAUUAAAGGGACUGACGAGGACUCUAGCUUUGUCUCCACUCAGUUCGACGACCAGGUUGGGGAAGUUUGUUGUAAUGUUGUAUGCCUUCAGUUAGAAGCUUCUUCUCAUGCUGCUAUCCAGUUUUCAGCAGUUUAUGCAGUCCUUACUGUUCCUUGUAUCUACCUCAUUGGUCCCACUGGACAAGUAAUCGAUAUAAAGCUGGGUCGUAUUGAGAGUAAAAGUUUAGUGGACUGGAUAAAAAAGUCAGGAUUUGGACCAGUUAAUAAUGUGAACUCAACUACUGCAAGCAAUAUAUCCAAGAAUGAGCUGCAUGAUGAUACUGAACAGGCUUUUAGAUCAGAUAUGAUAGAGCCAUCAGUGUCAUCUAUGUCGGAGACUCAAACUAAAAGUUGUGAACAAUCUUUGGAAGAACGAGUGGAAUGCGCUUAUGAACUUAUUCAGACUCAAAUACAGCGCAAAGAAGAGGAAACCAGAAAAAAGUCUGUUGAAGCUGAGAUUAAACGCCGAGAAGUAGGGAAAGCCAUGAAUGAAUUUAAGGAACGUCAAAAGCAAAAAGAAAUUGAUGAAGCUCUAGCUGAACGCCGUAAAGAAGAGGCGGAAUCACGCAUACGACUGGAAAAGUUGCGUCAGCAGAUCGAAGAGGAUCGUAAAACAAGGGAAGAAAGAUGGUCACAAUUGUACGGUUCACAAUGUAAAACAUCUAGUAAUUCUCCACAAGAAUUUCUUAAAAGUUCAUCUUACUCAGAUGAGGUUCGGUUACAGUUAAAGUCAUUAGAAGGUGGUCGUGUAAUUAAUCGAUUCCCCUCUACGGCGACUAUUUACGAUGUACGAAAUUGGCUUCAAGAGUUGGUGUCCUGUGAUUUCCAAAUGGAGGAUAACUCUCAAGUUUUAAGUGAAACUGACCGUAUUAAUUUUAAAAAUUUAGUCUUCAAAGGGUUUCGGUUUCUGCAGUUAUAUCCUAAAAGGAUCUUGGGACCAGAAGACGAAUCUCAGUCAUUAAGAGAACUUGGUUAUUAUCCAUCAGCUGCAUUGUUUCUUGUAUUAAGUAAAUCUAAUCAAGCUAUCACGCGUUCAAAUGACGGAAUCGUGUCCCAGUUUUACAAUAUUAUCAGUUCAGGCUUCAGCACUACUUAUGGUUUAAUUGGUUGGGCAGUAGGUGGAUUAUAUUCAUUGGGACAGAGUCUUAUAUCCAGUCUGACAGGUCCUCGCACUCGGCAAUCUAAUAGCAAUCCUCCUGUAAGUACUGUACAUCCAAAUGGUUCAAAACAAAAUCGUUCUGUAAGACGUCAAGGUAAUGUUGCUCGUCUUUCACACAUGCCUGAUAGUUCGGAUGAUGAACAAGCUCGAUGGAAUGGAAAUUCCACAGAACAACUGUGA